UAAAUGCGUUAUGUUGGCAUAAUGCAGACAAUUUGCUCUAGGAUGGCGUAACUGCGUGUGUAUAUAUAUCUGUGUGUUCAAUAUAGAGCUUACAAUGUCCGGUGUCUUUCAUCAGAAUAUCUUAUCGUUAAAUAUAUUCGCGUUUUUGUGCUCGAUGUCGCCGCCGGUUACCUAAGAUGAACGAGAAGACAUCACCAAAAAAGUCAUGCAUUUCUCCAACCAGAUCUCAGGACCACAGUGUGAAAAAUGGGCUUGCCAAAACAAAAGCCGUGCGAAAGGUACAACUCAAGGAUGACUUCAAUCCGGAAUUAGAACCACUGCUCCAGGAAGGCCCAAACCGCUUCGUAAUUUUCCCUAUUCAGUAUCCUGACGUCUGGGAAAUGUACAAAAAGGCCGUGGCCUCCUUUUGGACCAUAGAAGAAGUACCUCUUCACAAGCUGGACAAAGAGGACUGGGAUGAAAAGCUAAGUUGCGACGAGAGAUACUUUAUCUCUCAUAUCUUGGCAUUCUUCGCCGCUUCCGACGGUAUCGUUAAUGAGAAUCUAAUUGAGAGAUUCAGUCAGGAGGUGAAAAUCGCCGAAGCACGUUGUUUCUACGGCUUCCAAAUCGCGAUAGAGAACAUCCAUUCUGAAAUGUAUUCUUUGCUCAUUGAAACUUAUAUUUCUGACGCGAAAGAGAAAGACUUCUUAUUUAAUGCGAUCGAGACGCUUCCUUGUGUGGGAAAGAAGGCCAAUUGGGCAUUGAACUGGAUCAAUCACGAGAGCGCUACAUUUCCUGAACGUGUAAUCGCGUUCGCGGCGGUUGAGGGUAUCUUCUUCAGCGGCAGUUUUGCAGCGAUCUUCUGGCUGAAGAAGCGAGGGGUCAUGCCAGGGCUCACCUUUAGCAACGAACUCAUCUCGCGAGACGAAGGAUUACACUGCGAUUUUGCAUGCUUAAUGUUUAAACACAUCGUACAAAAGCCGUCGUUCGAACGUGUAAAGUCUAUCAUAAUGGAUGCUGUGGAAAUUGAAAAGGAAUUUUUGACGCAGGCGUUGCCAGUCGAACUGAUAGGAAUGAAUUGCGGACUCAUGUGUAACUACAUCGAAUUCGUCGCGGACAGAUUGUUCGUUGCGUUAGGAUUUGAAAAAGUUUACCUUUCGGAGAAUCCGUUUUCGUUUAUGAAUUUUAUCUCUCUGGAGGGUAAGACAAAUUUCUUCGAGAAGAAAGUGGGCGAGUACAAGAAAUUUGGUGUCAUGGAAGACGGUUCUCAAACGAAAAAUGGCUCGUCAAGUGUGGUGUUUAGUGCAAAUUUUUAAUAUAAAAGGUUUGAACGUACAAAUAAUACUUAUAAGAAAUAUUGUAUACACUUCACGAAGGAAAAAGAGACACAUCGAUUAAUUCUCGACUUUGAAAUAGUUUUAUAUAACGAUAAGCUUUGAAAAAAAUCUGACAAAUAUUCGCGAGACGAAGAACUGUUUGUAUAGUGUUUAUAGUAUAUGUAUAUGUAAGUUGACGGCAUCAAUAAGAAAGAUAUUGACGCAUUUUUGUGCAUAUUUUGAGUCACAGUUACCACAAAGUUAUCUUAUCAGUUUGUUUAAAAAAAGAACUUUAAUCUAUGAAGUUUUUAACUUUUUAUAUAUUUAAUUCUGAUUGUAAUAGACAAAAACUUUUUUACCCCGGAUAGCAUGCAUGUCCAAGACAUCUUUAAGACGCAUUAAAUUGUCUUUUAAACAUGUACACCUAAAAGAUGUUUCAAAGAUGUCUUUGUGACUUGUUUUUAGAUAUGCAUUGCUAUUGAGACACUUUUAUUGUGCCGUCAAAUUGUUUAACAAGCUUUUGAGAAGCAAACCAUAUUUGCAAAAAAUCUUUAGUGUAUAAAAUAUUAAUUAAAACAAAUUCUAAUUUAUUAUGUAAGACUAACCGUGAUGUUUGACACUUUCGAGAAAUGUAUUUUUAUGAUUCGAUUAAGAUUUUAUAAUUGAACAAAUCAACUAAAAAGUUAGACAUCAAUAUUAAUUUCUUGUUAUAAUUAUAAGAUAUGUGAAAAGUUGUUGUAUCAUGUAAUUGUUUCAUCAUAAAGUCUUACUAAUGAUUGGACAUAUCGAAAGCAGACUAUAUAAGUUUCAACAAAUAAUCAUACAAAGAGUCUCGACUUAAAAACUGGUACUUAAAACAGUAUUCGUAUAAAUAAGUUUUUGCUUGUAUAUAAACGAUAACUAUGUUGCGACAAAGCUAAUCAAUAAAUAAAGUUUCUC